GGCGGGCGGGAGGGCGAGCACCCUGGCUGGCGGGGCCCGCAGCGCGCCCCGCGUCCCAUGGAUAUAGCAACAGGUCCCGAAUCGCUGGAGAGGUGCUUCCCCCGCGGGCAGACGGACUGCGCUAAGAUGUUGGACGGCAUCAAGAUGGAGGAGCACGCCCUGCGCCCCGGGCCCGCUACUCUGGGGGUGCUGCUGGGCUCCGACUGCCCGCAUCCCGCCGUCUGCGAGGGCUGCCAGCGGCCCAUCUCCGACCGCUUCCUGAUGCGAGUCAACGAGUCGUCCUGGCACGAGGAGUGCUUGCAGUGCGCGGCGUGUCAGCAAGCCCUCACCACCAGCUGCUACUUCCGGGAUCGGAAACUGUACUGCAAACAAGACUACCAACAGCUCUUCGCGGCCAAGUGCAGCGGCUGCAUGGAGAAGAUCGCCCCCACUGAGUUUGUGAUGCGGGCGCUGGAGUGCGUGUACCACCUGGGCUGCUUCUGCUGCUGCGUGUGUGAGCGGCAGCUACGCAAAGGCGACGAGUUUGUGCUCAAGGAGGGCCAGCUGCUGUGCAAGGGUGACUACGAGAAGGAGAAAGACCUGCUCAGCUCCGUGAGCCCUGAUGAGUCCGACUCUGUGAAGAGCGAGGAUGAGGAUGGGGACAUGAAGCCGGCCAAGGGACAGGGCAGCCAGAGUAAGGGCAGUGGGGACGACGGGAAGGACCCGAGGAGGCCCAAGCGACCCCGGACCAUCCUCACCACACAGCAGCGAAGAGCCUUCAAGGCCUCCUUUGAGGUCUCCUCCAAGCCCUGCCGGAAGGUCCGAGAGACACUGGCGGCAGAGACGGGCCUCAGUGUGCGUGUGGUCCAGGUCUGGUUUCAGAACCAAAGAGCAAAGAUGAAGAAGUUGGCAAGGCGGCACCAGCAGCAGCAGGAGCAGCAAAACUCCCAGAGGCUGGGCCAAGAGGUCCUGUCCAGUCGCAUGGAGGGCAUGAUGGCCUCCUACACACCGUUGGCCCCACCGCAGCAGCAGAUCGUGGCCAUGGAGCAAAGCCCCUACGGCAGCAGCGACCCCUUCCAGCAGGGCCUCACGCCACCCCAAAUGCCAGGUGACCACAUGAACCCCUAUGGAAACGACUCCAUCUUCCACGACAUCGACAGUGAUACCUCCUUAACCAGCCUCAGCGACUGCUUCCUCGGCUCCUCGGAUGUAGGCUCCCUGCAGGCCCGCGUGGGGAACCCCAUCGACCGGCUCUACUCCAUGCAGAGUUCCUACUUCGCCUCCUGAGAGCCAGCUGGGCCACACGGACGCUUGGGCAAGGGUCCUGGGGUGGGACUGCAGGACACAGAGGCCAGCCUGGCCACCCCCAGCCCCACUGCCCAUACAGACUCUACAGACAGCCAUACGGUGCCCACCCCUCGGCCACCUGGGCCUGGCUAAAGCGCCCACUGAGCACAGCCAGACAGGCAGAUGGGCGCAGCCUGGGCAGGGGCUGUGUCCUGUCCACAGAGGCCAUGUCACCCCCAGGGACCCAGAGCUCUCAGACAGCCACUCGUCUCCCAGCCCCACCUCGGCCUCCAUCACCUCCUUCUCCCUCCCAAUCUCUUUUAUGAGAAGCUUAAAUUCUCUCUAUUUUUUUAAACGUCCUCUCUAUGUCCAGCCAACUUCCAUGGCCCAGACCUAGGUGGAGGCAGGGCCCCUGGGUGCACACCCCAGACAAUGGUGUGCACAGUGCCUCUUACCUAUGAGAAGCAUGUGUACCCAUGCCCUGCGCUGGUGCCCACCUCUGUGGGCAGGCCUGCCAGCCUAGGAUCACCUCUUCCAGCCAGAGCCUGGGGCAGGAGUGGGGAAGAGCCUGGCACAACUCUGCCCUGAGGGGGAAUCAUGGGGAGUGGGGGGCUCAGGUAGAUAGAGCCCAGGCUGACUCAAAAAAAGAGAUGUACAUGCAAACGCACAUACACUUAAAGGUGCACUCACGCAGAUGCACAGAAAUGCUGAAGAGACAGAGUGGCUCUGCGGGUCAGCCCUGCAUGUCAGGAAGGGGAAAGAGGCCAGAUGGGGCAGGGAGCCCCUCAUAGCGAUAGGAGGGGAGGAAGGAAGGGGAGAGGAUGGAGUGAGCUUGAAGCACGUGGACGCAGAUGUAUCUUGGCCUCCACCCAGAUGGGGUUGCCUGGGCAGGCAGGGCAGCCCCAGACCUAACUAGCUCCAAGGGCAGAGACAGAGGCCCCAGAACCAGGUAGAUUCAGGCCAAAUGGCAGAACUUUCAGGUGGAAAGGCAUCUCACAAGUCACCCAUCUUGCACUCCAUCCAAUGUUUGGCUCCUGCCCAAGCCACUUCUGCCUCUCCUGGCAUACCUCCAGUGACACGUGGCCCACUACUUCACUGGGUCCCAAGUCAGCUGCCUUUUCUGCUGAUUUCACCUGUGCCCUUGUCCGCCCUGUGUCCUCGCUUCUCACAGCCAGGCUUUUCCAGCUUCUCUAGAUCUUCCUUUCAAAACUGUUCCUGUAAAACUUUUCAAAAGCCUGGAUCCAGCUUUCUCGCUAAAGGUAUGGAGCAGAUAUAACCCAGUCUUCCCACUGUCAUCAGCCAGCCAAAGUGAGCAGGCCCUUCACCUCCCCCUGUUUAGGCACCCUUCCUCUCAAUGUGGCUCAAGAUCCAGUGAAUGGUUUAGGUCACAUAACCUAGGAAACUCAUCCUACCCUAAUGUAACCGGAUCCUCUAACUUUCACACAUGUGUGACAGCUAAGCCACAUCUCUUGUGUGUGUGUGUGUGUGUGUGUGUGUGUGUGUGUGUGUGUGUGUGUGUGUGUGUGUGUGGGGAGGGGGCACUUAUUAUUUGCUGGACACCCAGCAAAGGAUCUUGGCUUUUUUUUCUUAUUACGUUUCCUCUUAUUUGAUUCAGUCCAGCCUGUGGAGUUCCUCUGCACCCCAACUCUGUGACAACAGGUUUGCUCUCUCUCCUGAGCACAUGUGUCAGUAUAAGGAGUCAGCCCUGUGUGCCUCAAAGUGUGUGAACCAUUUUGUCAAAUGCCCUGCUAGGAGCCAGAUACACUGUAUCAACCUCUGCCCCCAAUCUACUCAACUCUAAUCCCAUCAAAAGAGGAAAUGAGUUCAGGUGACGGGCCCUGUUCUCAGUGACCCUUUGCUGAUCCCUGAAGGCCACUGUGUCCUCACCCAAGUGCUCACGGCCCUGCUUUUUAUUCUAACACUGAGCCGUAGGCUAUAGAGGUCUGCCUGAUCCAGCCUUUGAGCAGAUGGGAUGACAGUGUCUCUCCACCUUUGGGCCCCUCUGUCUAGCUCUCUCUGGGAUCCUCAGAGUUCCCCUACAUCCUCUGUGGUUUUGCCUCUCUCUUCUCUGGGGAGAUCUCAGUCCCUCUGGAGCGUACUGAGCCAAUCUCCCCAGCCCCCCAGACUUCUGCACUCACACCUCGCCCACGCUCUUCCCCAGGCGGAGCUGUCAGAGCAGAGGUGUGGCUCAAAGUCAGCCGUCGGGCCCAAGAAGCCAGCCUGGCCCUUCUGAGUUCUUCUUGUUCCACACAGAACUCCACAGGGUCUCAGUUGAUGUCCUGGGUCCUUCGGCAUCCUCAGGCCACCUGGGCUCUGGUCCAUCUCUUGGUCCUGGGUCACCACUGGUCCUUUAGGCAACCACUCUGGUUUCUUUAGAGAUGAUCCCCUUUCUCCUCUUGUACCCACACUCGAAUCAUGGGUAUGAAGGCCUCCCUGCUUCUCUCACAGACUCUUUGAGUUGGAAGGAACCUCAGGAAUGGGUCAAGUAGUCCACCCCCUUAUUCUGCCACCGGAAAUCAUGGUCCAGGAGAGCGGCAGGGGCAAGACCCCUCUCAGCCAGUCAGGGACCAAGCUAGAGCUGAGAAUUAGGGAUACCACACCAGCCCCUCAACCUCUGUGUCUGGUAAACCAACCCCAGGUCCAGAGGCAUGAUGUGUCUUAGUCAACUUGCCACUCCAGGACCUCACAAACCCCAAGUCCAGCCUGGGCUCUGCCUCUACCUACAAAAGGGGCCAGUGCCAGGAGCUGGUAUAGGACACCCAUGCUGAUGACCCACAGACUGUCAAAGCCAGAGAGAUCUCAGCCCCUCAUGCCGGAGACACCCCAUCAGCCAGUUAAGGUAACUCCUUAGCUGUACUGCAGUUCACUGCCCCCAGGCUCUGAUGCCCACUCUUCCUGGCCCCAGCCUGGGUGUGGGGACACAGAUGAGCAAGAUAUAGGCCCCCCGUGAGGGGCUCUCUCCUAGAGGAAAGACACACAUUCCAUCCCAAGCCUGACUGGACGUUGUUGGGGACCCAUUUCUCAGAUGAGGAACCUGAGACUCAAAGAGGUUACCCGGCAGAAGCACUCAGAGACAAGCAGGCUUGCUGGGAUCCAGGGCAAGCUGAGGUGACUAGAUUCUUCCUACUUCGCAGAAGAAGUGCAGCUCUGACCUGGGGCGGGAGGCAUGAGUAGCCAGGACCAUCCUACCAUGAUGUGGGACCACCAUCAUGUGAAGGCUGGGUGGGAAGCCCAAGAGAAGUGGGAGGUGACAGUCUGGCUUCUGGAGGAAGAGGGAGAAAGUGAGAGGUAGGCGGAGGGAGUGUUGGAGAAAAGCCGUGUUCUGCUUCCCUGUGCGGAAGCUGAGGCUCAGAGAGAGGAAGGAAUCUGCCCCAGGUAACACAGCAGUUUUGCUGCCUGCCCCAUAGAGCCUUCCAGGGAGGCAGCACAGAGGAUGUAAAGGUCAGACCAUGGGGCCAGAAGAACCUGUAGAAAAGGGGCCAGUGCAAGUGGGCUGGGCAUCUUGGGAGGCUUCCUGGAGGGGGUGAGGCAGGGGUCUACUAUGUCCAGAUGAGCAAGGCGCUAGCAGUGAGGCUUGGGAGAAGAACUGGUUGGCCCCUGCCUGAGCUCUGGGCACCACCCGGGAUAAGGAUCUCACCUCCCAUCUGGGAAAACCUGCAGCUCUGGGGCUUACUCUGCUCCGUGGGGAAGGGGAUCCAUGCUCACAGACACACACACAGACACACACUCACACCCAGACACACAGGGAGGCUCACAGACAUGCCGCCUGGGGGCCAGGAGAGCAGGAAGGACCUCCAACAUUUGGCCCUUGGACGUGCAUUUCCAGUGGGCCUCUCUGCUGUGCCCCUGCCCCCACUGGGGGUCCCAAAGGAGCCCAGCCCAGACCGGUGUGGGGACUGGGCUGCCGACCAUUCCUGUUCUCCUUGUACAGAUUCUCACUGUCCACCCGCCAUCCCCAGACACAUUUUAUUUAAUAACUUGUCAUUGUUAAAUUAUUUAUUAGCGUUUACCACAUCACCACCCCUACCCUGCCCUCCACUCUCACCUUCCACCUCUUCCCACAAAAGCAGAAAAUGGAAACCACAAAAAAAGAUGAGACAUCAGUAUAUUUGUAAAUAAACCAACCUGU